UUUCUGUGCUUACACACUCUAAGAACUUGUUAUCUAUACGCCAACAUGACAGCACACCUCUCUCUCUCGCUAUAUAUAAGAGAUGUCAGAGCAGACAACACACAAUCACCCCAAAGGAUCGACCGUUACAUGAUCUCUGCAUCUAGACUUGUAUUCUUCCAUCUAAGAAAAUAUACGACCAACAACGUCAAGAAAGCAGAAACCCCAGAAGCCUCUUGCUUUUUGAGAAGUAUCAUGUCUGUAGCAGAUCAAAGUCUUGGAUUCCAACGGCCCAGAUUGGUUGCCAAGAAAGUCUUGGCCAAGCCCCAGGGCGAGGGCGAGGGUGCAGUUGUCAGAAGAAGCAUUGGAAGGCCGGAGCUAAAGUCCCUGGAUCCUUUCCUCAUGCUAGAUGAAUUUUCUGUUUCACCUCCUGCUGGAUUCCCUGACCAUCCCCACAGAGGCUUUGAGACUGUUACAUACGUGUUGCAGGGAGGGAUUACUCAUCAAGAUUUUGCUGGUCACAAGGGCACGAUACAUGCGGGUGACGUGCAGUGGAUGACCGCAGGGAGGGGUAUCGUUCACUCGGAAAUGCCCGCAGGAGGAGGUACUAACACAGGUCUGCAAUUGUGGAUCAAUCUUGCUUCCAGGGAUAAGAUGAUUGAACCCAGGUAUCAAGAAUUGCUGAGCGAAGACAUCCCAAAGGCGGAGAAAGACGGAGUUGAAGUUAAAGUAAUUGCAGGGGAAGCAAUGGGGGUUCACUCCCCUGUUUAUACUCGAACCCCCACACUCUACCUUGAUUUCACUCUGAAACCGAAUUCUCAAUACCAUCAAAGCAUCCCGGAAUCUUGGAACGCUUUUGUAUACAUAAUAGAAGGAGAAGGGGUGUUCGGCAUCCCCAAUUCACAGCCAGUAACCGCUCACCACAUCUUGGUAUUGGGGCCCGGAGAGGGGCUAAGUGUUUGGAACAAGUCCUCCAAGCCAUUGAGGUUUAUUUUGGUAGGUGGGCUGCCUCUGAAUGAACCAGUGGUUCAACAUGGCCCUUUUGUGAUGAACACACAAGCUGAAAUUGACAAGACCAUUGAAGACUAUUACUAUGCCAAGAAUGGGUUUGAAAUGGCCAGACAGUGGAGAUCUAAGUGAGUGGAGCUGAUCAACAAUCCAACAUUAAUAAACUCAAAAACCAGAUAUUGGAGUUGUGUUCUUUAUACAUAUCUGUCACUUUCAAUCCUAAUCUUCAAUCAAAUCAUGCAAAGCUGAUUAAAGGGAUAUAUCUUAUAUUCAUAGGUAGCAAAUGCUUCUAGAAGUCUAGGAAUGCAACAAGCACUCAGAUAUUGUGUGCUUGUAGUAAAGUCAUGAUGGGGUCUAGCCUACUUCUAGAAAUGUGAUUGAUGUAUAUUGCUUGUUUUUCUUCAUAAUUUAGAGGUUGAUUUCUUGUUGGAAUGAGAUCUACUUUUAAUAAUUGUAUUCU